AUGGCAUCCCCUCCCAUGAACAGAUAUUGGAUUCCGCAUCUAGAUAUUCAUAAGAAGGUUAUCACUCAGGAGCUCCAGUAUUACUUGGGGCCAGACGCCACCGUUAGACCGUACACCCGAGAAGGAGAGGAUGGCUUUCUCAUCACGACGCCUGGUGCAUGUUUGACGGAUGAACAAAUCGACGACAUCUGCUUGAAGUCGAAAGAGAUGUGGGAAAAGCAGGCUGCAGCCCGCUCGCAAUUGAAUCCAGAGAAGCCGUUGAAGCGGCCAUUACACCAACCAGUUUUAAUCUCCAAGGGGUCUGGAGAAGGAUCCAAACGUCGAGGAAAAGAUCGAAGAAGUCACAUUUCUCGGCGGCCAUACGACGACAAGAAAGGAAGCGAGUCAUCACGGAAGUGA